UGUAUAAAAGCACCUGUAGAGUUUCUAGUAUCAUCACAGCACCCCUUCUCAGUCAAACAGCAACUAUAAGGAGUUCCCCCCCCAUCUACUUACAAAAAUCCAUGAUGGUCCACUACAUAACAACAGUGGCUCUGCUGUUUUACCUGCUUCCGUGGCAUGGUUGUGGUGCGGAACAAGAAGCAAGACCGCCAAGAUUUUUGUCACACAGAGAACCACACAGGCAUAGAGGCUUCUGUCCACCUGGCUGGGACCACUUUAAGAACCGCUGUUUCCAGUAUAUCGCCAUCAAGAAGAGCUGGGCUGAUGCAGAGAUCCAGUGUUUGUCUCUGGGAGGAAACUUGGCUUCAGUCCACGGUGAGGAUGAGUUUCAGUUCAUCAGGAACCUAAUCAAGAAAAAAGACCCCGCAGAGAAUCCUGCCUGGAUUGGGCUAACCGACUGCCAAAAGAAGGGCACCUGGCUGUGGUCAGAUGGCUCCAAAAUAAGUUUCACCAAGUGGAACACAGGGGAGCCUAACAAUAUGAAUGGCGGAGAGAACUGCGUGCACACAAAUUGGAGCGCACAGAAAGCGUGGAAUGACAUCUCAUGCAUAAAUGCCUACGCUGCUGUGUGCGCUCUCAGAUUACACUUGUGAAGCAUCAUGUGAAGAUGUUACCUGGAGAGAGAGGGAGAACCAGCCAUCUUCAUGAUGCAGCAUCCCACUCCCUCAUGGGUGUCCAAUGGGCCUUUUCACACUUUGUUUUCUAUUCAGUUCUUCAUUCACCUCUUUCUUUGCUUCUUCCAACAUUCAAAUAAAACCUUACAUUGCAUCACAAA